AUGUCAGACAAGACGCCCAAGCUGAUUGAGGAGCUCUUGAAGCUUAUGCUGAUGGGCGAAGCGCUCAAUGAAACACAGAAGAAACAAAUGAAGGACUACAAGUUUUGGAAGACCCAGCCUGUGCCUAGUUUGGACGAGGUGGUGGAAAACUACGGACCUAUUGAGGUGAAGACUCCCGAGGAGGUACCUAAUGAUCCAUUGCCUCUCUUGGACGAGUUUUACUGGCUGACUAUCGAUGUGGAGUCGCUGGAUGAGUUGGACGAGGUAUACAAGCUUUUGUACGAGCACUAUGUGGAAGAUCAGGACGCCACGUUCAGAUUCAAGUACUCACACGAGUUUUUCAAGUGGGCCUUGAAGCCUCCAGGAUGGCGUAAGGACUGGCACUUGGGUGUACGUGUUCGUGGCACGGGUAAGUUGGUUGCGUUCAUUGCCGCUGUUCCAGUGACACUUAAGUUGACCAAACCAGGUAAUGAGGUGAAGCUGGUGGAGAUUAACUUUUUGUGUAUUCACAAGAAGUUGCGUGCAAAGCGUUUGACUCCUGUUUUGAUUAAGGAAAUUACCAGAAGAGUCAACAAGGAGGACAUUUGGCAGGCUCUUUAUACCGCUGGAAUCGUGUUGCCUUCUCCAAUCUCCUGCUGCAGAUACACCCACCGUCCGCUCAAUUGGCUGAAGUUGUAUGAUGUGGGAUUCUCUCAUCUUUUCCAGGGCCAGACAAAAGCACAGAUGGUGGCUCACUACUCGUUGCCUAAUGCUACUAAAACGCAAGGUCUUAGACCUAUCGAGCCUAAGGAUAUCGACCAGGUCCAUGACUUGCUCCACCGUUUCCAGGAAAGAUAUGAAAUCGUACAGAAAUUUACCAAAGAGGAAAUGGCUCACUGGUUCUUGGGUGGUGAAGCCCGUGCCAGUGUAAUCAAGACAUAUGUUGUGGAGCAGGAAGGCAGAAUUACAGACUUCUUCUCAUACUACUUGCUUCCAUUCUCUGUCUUGAACAACCCAACCCAUAGCGAGUUGGGCAUUGCAUACCUCUUCUACUACGCAUCGGAACUGGCCCUCACUGACGAGGACGCCUACAAGACCCGUCUCAAUACCUUGAUGAAUGAUGCUUUGAUCACCGCCAAGGAGUUCCGUGUGGAUGUCUUCAACGCUUUGACAUCGCAGGAUAACCCAUUAUUUAUGAAGCAGAACAAGUUUGGCAGUGGUGACGGAUUCUUGAACUACUACUUGUUCAACUACCGUAUGAAGGCUAUCAGCGGUGGUAUCGAUCCAAAGACCAACCAGAUCACAGAAGAUAAAGGUAGUGGAGUGGGUGUUGUUCUCUUCUAA